AUGUUCUUCGGAUUUGCCGUUGAUUUCGGCUUGGCAUUUGCAGUUGGUAAAAUUUUAGUAUCAUAUAAGUUCCUAAUUGAACAUUAACAAGCGGGGAGGUACAUACAGUGAUUUUAAAGGCGCUUGCUAUUGGACGAAUGUAAUUGUGCUGACAUGUUUCAGCAGUGGAAGGAGCCUGCAUUACUUCAUCUUGGCUGGGGCUGGUGUUACUGGCAAUUUACCCAGUAACGACAAGGAGAUAGCACCUAGAAGCACUACCUACAAGGAAGCUGAGCUUCGAGAAGCAGAGGCUGCAUAUUCUUCUGCAGCUUUGCUCAAGUGCUUGUUUACCGAGUACGCGAAUCAACGUCGAAGUAUCGGAAGAAAUUUCUUGGCGAAUAUGCUUCAGCUUGCUCCAAGCGCCACAUUUCAGGCUGUGCACCUGCCAAACGAAAGAGCGAGAGAUUCUUCGCCUGGAGCUGUAUGGACUUUCAGCAACGUUUGGGGAAUUUGA